AAGCUCUUUUGCAUUGGUUGAUUGGUCAUCACGGGUGCGCAUUGGCGGAGCCGGAUCCUUUCUGCGGGGAUGCGAAUUAUUAAAAUUUAUAACUAUGAUAUUUGAACACCUUUCAUUUGCUUAUGCUCAUUCAACACCUCAUUUUAUUUCUACAUCUCCCUUCUUAUCACAUCACUAAUUUAUCACGUCUAUCUCAUCUCAUCACUGUCCCUCUGUUAUCUCUUUCUAUUUCAAGCUCUAUACAAUCACAUGAGUCUAAAAAAAAAUUCCCUAAAAUUUAACUAAUAAUUAUAAUCAUAUAUAUAAAAUGAAUAAUUGAAAGUGGUUUGGGUUAGAGUGUAACUGGUCGGUUUAGUUUAACCUUUUGAAAGAAAAAAAAUUGGACUAAUAAAAAAUAGUCAUUGCAUUUUUUGUAAGUUUUUCUUGCGAAAUUUGAACCAAACAAAAUCAAUUUGGUUCAAUUCAAUUAGGUUGAAAUUUGUCAAAGCAACAAAUCAAUAAAAAAAACAUAAAAAACAUGUUAGAUGUUUUCUUUUUCGUGUUACUUUCAUAUCCCUGAAUUUCCAAUUUUAUCCUUGAAAAAACUUCGGUUUGUAGAAACCGAAGUUUUUUUUUGCCUUGAAAACAAAUUUCGGUUUCUAAAAACCAAAAUUUACUUUGAAUUUGCACUAGAAAAAAUUCGGUUUCUGCGAACCGAAUUUUGUUGCAAGGGAAAAUUGAAAUAUUUGGAGUAUAAAAGAAUCACGGAGAGUCAGGAAAGAAAUCAUCAAAAGUCAGUUAUGUAAUUACUCUUAACCCAAUAUAUAUUGAUUUAAUCCGGUGAGACUCAAGAGUCCAAAAUCAAUUUUGUCAUUUUUUUAUAUCACAUCAAUUUUGUGUUUAAAUGUGUAUUUUGUUGAUAAUUUAUUCUUUGCGUUUAAAAUUGUUUUUUGCCCUUAAAUUGUUUGGUUGGUAGACAUCACUUUCAACAUCAUUUUCAAAAAUUAAAACGUGUAUAUUUGGUUCAUUGGAUCUGUGUGUUACAACAUUCAACUAAGCCAACUAUAUAAAAAUAUUCACCUUCACAUUCAAAUCUAUUAAAGCUUCAGACUUUUUCAUUCACAAUGAGAUAAGUUAGGAAUGAUACAUACAACUUAAAUUUCUCCUUAAUUAGAAACUUGAAAAGCUCACCCAUGGCAACCGUUCCUUUGGUAUCUGCUGUCCUAAGAAGGCUAGAGGGGAAGGUAGCUCUGAUCACCGGUGGUGCAAGUGGCAUCGGCGAGGCCACCGCAAGACUCUUCUCCAAGCACGGAGCUAAAGUGGUAAUAGCUGAUAUUCAAGAUGACAUAGGUCAUUCUAUUUGCAAUGAUUUACUCGAAUCGCCUGCCUCCUAUGUCCAUUGCGACGUGACAAAGGAAAAAGACGUUGAAAACGCCGUGAAUACAACAAUUUCCAAGUAUGGUAAACUAGAUAUCAUGGUUAACAAUGCUGGUAUAGCCGGUGCAAACAAAACCAACAUACUUGAUUACAAGUUAUCUGAAUUUGAGGAAGUGAUUAAUGUUAACUUGGUUGGUGUCUUUCUCGGAACAAAACAUGCCUCAAGGGUAAUGAUCCCCGCUCGACGAGGUAGCAUAAUUAACACAGCUAGUGUUGGUGGAAGUAUAGGCGGUGCUGCUUCACAUGCCUACACUAGUUCAAAACACGGCGUUGUGGGGCUAAUGAAAAACACGGCCAUCGAGCUUGGACCGUAUGGUAUUCGGGUGAAUUCCGUAUCACCUUAUAUCGUUGCAACGCCGAUGGUUAAAAAGUACUUAAAGUUAGAUAUUGAUGAUGAUGGGGUUUUACCAUUUUAUUCUAACCUAAAGGGUACUAAUCUUGUGCCAAACGAUGUGGCUGAAGCUGCUCUAUACUUGGGAAGUGAUGAAUCUAAGUAUGUUAGUGGUCACAAUCUUGUUGUAGAUGGAGGGUUCACAGCUGUAAACACCGGAUUUUGUGUGUUUGGACAAUCUGCUUAAAUAUGUGCACUAUACAUGUUGAUAAUUAUGUCUUUAUGCAUAACUAGCAAAAUAUUUGUGCAUUCGCAAGAGUACACGAGUUCGUGGUUGAUAGAUAACAUUGAAAUUAUAUAAAAAGUAAUUGUUGGAUU